AUGCAGAUCUUCGUCAAGACCCUCACUGGCAAGACCAUCACCCUCGAGGUCGAGAGCUCCGACACCAUCGACAAUGUCAAGAGCAAGAUCCAGGACAAGGAAGGCAUCCCGCCGGACCAGCAGCGUCUGAUCUUCGCGGGUAAGCAGCUGGAGGAUGGCCGCACCCUGUCCGACUACAACAUCCAGAAGGAGUCCACCCUCCAUCUCGUCCUGCGACUCCGUGGUGGUAUGCAGAUCUUCGUCAAGACUCUCACCGGCAAGACCAUCACCCUUGAGGUUGAGUCAUCCGACACCAUCGACAACGUCAAGUCCAAGAUCCAGGACAAGGAGGGUAUCCCACCCGACCAGCAGCGCCUCAUCUUCGCCGGCAAGCAGCUUGAAGACGGCCGCACUCUCUCCGACUACAACAUCCAGAAGGAAUCGACUUUGCACUUGGUCCUCCGUCUGCGUGGUGGUAUGCAAAUCUUCGUCAAGACUCUCACCGGCAAGACUAUCACACUCGAAGUCGAAUCCUCAGACACAAUCGACAACGUGAAGUCCAAGAUCCAAGACAAGGAGGGCAUUCCUCCGGACCAGCAGCGCCUCAUCUUUGCCGGCAAGCAACUCGAGGACGGCCGGACGCUUUCCGACUAUAACAUCCAGAAGGAGAGCACGCUGCACUUGGUGCUGCGUCUCCGUGGAGGACAGUAG